AUGUGGCUCCGCACGGACCACCCGACCAGCGCGGAUCGCAACUGCGAGAUCAAUGAGAUGUCCGUGUGCAGUGCACGGAGCCGGCUGGGGCUGCUGACGGACGGCGACAAGGCGGUGAAGCUGCUCUAUGACGAGACGUUACCGCCCAGCACCCAAGGUGCUCAAGAGGUGCACAAGGUGCUCUGCAUCUGCAUAAACUACAUGAACCACCGCGUCGAGCGAAACCACCCAGUGCCCACCGAGCCGGUGGUGUCCAACGAGUUUCCGAGCUGCAUCGUCAGCCCGGCGGACGGCAUCAUGCUGCCGUCGGCGACGAGCCAGGUGGACUGGAAGGUGGAGCUGGCCGUGGUGAUCGGGCAGCGCUGCCGGGCCGCCAGUCGGGAGCAGCCCGCCGACUACAUAUUCGGCUACACGGUGGCGCACGACGUCUCGGUGCGGGACUGUCAGCUGCACCGCAACGGCGGCCAGUGGCUGCUCGGCAAGGCCAUGGACACGUUCUGCCCGCUGGGGCCGAGCCUGGUGACGGCCGACGCGCUCGAGCCUCACGCUCUGGCGCUCGCCUGCCGCGUCAACGGCGCCACGCGCCAGAACAGCACCACACGCCAGCUGGUGUUCGACUGUCAUCAGGUGGUGGCGCACAUCUCGCAGUGCCUGACCCUGCUGCCCGGCAACGUCAUCUUAACAGGCAUGCCACCCGGCGUCGGCGUGUUCAUGAAGCCGUCGCAGUUCCUGCAGCGUGGUGAUGUCGUCGAGUGUCAGGUUGAAGGCAUCGGCACCAUCCGCAACCGAGUGGUUUAA